CUCAAACAUCUACACCGAUGGCCCGUACCUUCUGGCGCCAAAAGCGAUAUUCUCCCGCCAUAUUAACUCACCGCACAAGUACCACCGAAUCCUGAACCUCAGAACAAGCUGUGAACAAUGGGCAACGAAGGCAAGCAGUACUGGCUUUUGAAGACGGAGCCAGGAGAGUGGUCGUGGGAGGACCAAGCAGCCAACGGAGGCGUGACCAAGUGGGACGGUGUCAAGAACAAGCAAGCCCAGAAACACCUCAAGUCCAUGAAGCUCACCGACCUCUGCUUCUUCUACCACUCCGGCGCCAAGGCCCGCCGCGUCGUCGGCGUGGUGACCGUCGUGAAAGAGUGGUAUGGUGACGGGGAUGCUGGCGGUGGUGCAGUGGAUGUGAAGGAAGUCGGGGAGAUGAGGAGCCCGGUAGACUUGAAGGAGAUGAAGGGGGAUCGUGGGUUGAAUGGUUUCGCUCUGUUUAGGCAGCCGAGGCUGUCGGUUUUGCCGGUUCCGGAGGAAGUGUGGGAAAGGGUUUGUGACUUGGGAGGUGGGUAUGAAGGCGAUGGGAAAGAUGAUCGUGUUCAAGAUGAUGAUGGAGGUGAUGGAGGAGAAGAUUAGACCCCAGCAUUAGGUGCUUGAUAGGUGUUUGUAAAUUUGCCCCAAUAUCCUCACUUCCUUCUUUUUGUAGCAAAAAUUACUGGGAAGUAUGAUGUAGCUUGUUUUGUUUAGUGCUUUUGUUUUGGUUUAUAGUGUUUUGGCGGAAAGGGAAAAGCACGUUGGGUUUGGGGGAAAUGUAAGUUUUAUAUGUCUAGAAAGUAGAUGUGAAGUAAGGAGUUUUUAGCUUGA